UCUCACGACAUACAGCUGUAUAGACGCUUGCGCUUUCUAUUUUCACACAGAUGUGCCAAUGCAUCCAGAAUCAAGUUGACCUCGUUUAGCACGUACAGCACAAACGCAGCAAACGCAAUGAAAUGAAAUUUAGCUGGCUAAGCGAAUACUUGGCCAAUUUAAUAAACGCUAGUGCUUUACACGAGGCUGUCACACGCCCAUUCACCGAGCUACGCCUGGAACUGCUGAGCCCGCAAGCCAUCUAUUGCCGCAUCAAGUCCACAUCAGCUGAAGCACUGGAGCAUUUACUGAUUGCAUGUGCGGUAUACUUGCUAGUAUGCCUGGGCCUCUACAAGCUAACCUUUUGGCUUUCGGCUUCAGUAACUGGCGUACCAGAGGAAAGGAAGGAGCAGCAUGGCGGCAACGAUGACAACGCCAGCAAUGGCUUGCGCAAUGCCCUGCAAAAUGGUCUGCGUUUGCGUAGCGUUCAUCUGCCCAAGACGGCGUUAAUGGGUCGCGUUCUUUUGGUCAUCGCACAUCCGGAUGACGAAUGCAUGUUCUUUGGUCCGCUGAUCUACUCGCUGACACAGCGCGAUGGCUGUCAGGUGUACGUGUUAUGCCUGUCAAAUGGCAACUAUGAUCAGCAGGCUCAAUUCCGGCGAGAGGAGCUAUUUCGGGCAUGUAAACGUUUGGGCAUUGCCGAAUCGAAUGUUAUAUUAGUGAAUGCCACCAAUUUGCCAGAUGAUCCGAAUGUUGAAUGGCGAACGGAUGCGGUUGCCAGCUUUAUAUUGCAUACCGUUGAGAGUCUUGAUAUAAAGGCGAUAUUCACCUUCGAUCGCGAUGGGGUCAGCUCUCAUCCCAAUCAUUGUGCUGUGUAUUAUGCUGCCGCUUCUUUGUGCUUAGCCAAUUUAUUGCCUAAGGCUUGUAAGUUCUAUACGCUAGACUCGAUCAAUUUGGUACGCAAAUAUUUAUCGAUCUUUGAUUUGCUGUGCACCUGCUUUAUGUCCACGCAUUGGUGCAUACUCAGCUGGAAAGAGGCGUCUGUGAUCAGAGGCGCCAUGCUAGAGCAUCAGUCGCAAAUGAAAUGGUUCCGUUGGCUCUAUAUCUACACAUCGCGGUACAUGUACAUCAAUUCACUGCGCGAAAUAAACCUCUCGGACGUCGAGUUGGAAAUGCAAAUACACGAUCAUUAAAAACAAA